AUGGAUACACCACCCAGCGAGAAGUUGUCUGGCACGACUUCCCGAGUCCGGAUCGCAGACGAUGAUCGGGACUGGGACCCAAAGAUUGACGCGGAGGCAAGUGGGCUGGAGGCUACCCCAGGUCACGCAGUGUCACGGUUCGAUGACCCGGUUCCGUCCGGACGUCGUCUGAGUCCUGUGGAAGACCUGAAGAGGCGCCUCUCAGAAUGGGGUGAGUCUAGUGUCCAUCGAGGUCUUGAUGAGGAAGAGGAAGGAUCAGAAUACGAACUUCUCUUAGAUCCCAACCUACCGGAUGAAUACAGCAGUCGGCUACAGAGCUUCGACCGCGAUUCGGCCAGCUUCGACGACGAGGUGGCGUUAAAGCGCACGGAAGAAGGAGAGGACUCACCGUACCCCGAGGUUCGAGCAGCCGUCCGCAACUAUGACGAAGACGUGCCUUGUAAUACUGUGAGGGCUUGGACGAUUGGCUUGGUGCUUGUCUGCGUCGGUGCUUCUAUGAACACUCUGUUCUCUCUUCGAUCCCCUUCGAUUGGUCUUGGUGCUUUGAUUGCUCAGAUCAUCGCGUGGCCAAUAGGACAUGGGUGGGCUAGGAUUAUGCCAAAGAGGAGGUUCAACUUCUUCGGUUUGAGAUGGUCGCUAAACCCAGGGCCCUUCAACAUCAAGGAGCAUUCCAUCAUCGUAGUGAUGGCCAGCGUGUCCUUCUCGGUGGCAUAUGCUACUGACAUCAUACUCGCCCAGAAGGUUUUUUACAAGCAGGAUUUUGGUAUCCCAUUUCAGCUCAUGUUGACAAUAUCAACUCAGUCACUUGGAUAUGGAAUUGCUGGCAUAAUGAGGAAGUUUCUCGGUAAGAUACGUUACCUCAAAGUGUCGACACUCGACUAA